AUGUCUAACUCCCUCGAACAGUUGAAGAGCACCGGCACGGUCGUCGUCUGCGACUCUGGUGACUUUGCAACCAUCGGAAAGUACAAGCCGCAAGAUGCUACCACUAAUCCUUCUCUCCUCCUCGCCGCGUCUAAGAAGGCCGAAUACGCCAAAUUGAUCGACGCUGCUGUAGAAUAUGCUAAGGGACAGGGUGGUGAUAUCGACAGCCAAGUCGAUGCUGCUGUUGACCGACUCCUGGUUGAGUUCGGCAGGGAAAUCCUGAAGAUCAUCCCCGGCAAGGUCUCGACUGAGGUCGACGCCCGCUUCUCCUUCGACACCAAGGCUUCGGUUGAGAAGGCCUUGCACAUUAUCGACCUAUACAAGGAGCAAGGUAUCUCCAAGGACCGCGUUCUGAUCAAGGUUGCGUCGACAUGGGAGGGUAUCAAGGCUGCCGAGAUCCUACAGCGCGACCACGGCAUUAACUGCAACCUGACCCUCAUGUUCUCGCUCGUCCAGGCUAUUGCCGCCGCUGAGGCCGGUGCUUUCCUGAUCUCCCCCUUCGUCGGCCGUAUCCUUGACUGGUACAAGGCCGCGACGAAGAAGGAGUACUCCAAGGAGGAGGACCCCGGUGUCAAGUCUGUCCAGGCUAUCUACAACUACUACAAAAAGUUCGGCUACAAGACCAUUGUUAUGGGUGCCUCUUUCCGAAAUAUUGGCGAGAUCAUCGAGCUCGCUGGCUGUGACUACCUGACCAUCUCUCCUACCCUGCUCGAGGAGCUCCUCAACUCGACCAUUCCCGUCCCCAAGAAGCUCGACGCCUCUGGCGCCGCGUCACUCGACAUCACUAAGAAGACCUACAUCAACGAUGAACCGCUCUUCCGAUUUGACUUCAACGAGGAGCAAAUGGCUGUCGAGAAGCUACGUGAGGGUAUCAGCAAGUUCGCCGCCGACGCCGACACCCUCAAGGACAUCCUCAAGAAGAAGAUCUCGGCGUAA